AUGGAGGUCCGAGAAGGCAGCAUUAACCAAACAAGCUACUCCUUGGGAAGGAAUCUAACUUACUCUCCCUAUUACCAGCACUCGCCGCCUGUCGCUGCCAUCUACAUUGUUGCCUACGUAUUCAUCUUUGCAACCUGCAUGGUUGGGAACAGCCUGGUUUGCUUCAUUGUUUUGAAAAACAGCCGGAUGAGAACAGUCACCAACUUGUUCAUCCUCAAUUUGGCCAUCAGUGAUUUGUUGGUGGGCAUCUUCUGUGUCCCCACCACCUUAGUAGACAAUUUGAUCACAGGAUGGCCCUUCAGCAACAGCAUCUGCAAGAUGAGUGGCCUCGCGCAGGGCAUGUCCGUUUCCUCGUCUGUCUUCACACUGGUGGCCAUUGCUGUGGACAGGUUCCGCUGCAUUGUAUAUCCAUUUAAACCCAAGCUCUCCCUCUUCCAGGCACUCAACACCAUUGCUAUCAUAUGGGUCCUGGCCAUCACCAUCAUGUGUCCCUCUGCUGUCAUGCUCACCGUGGUACAGGAGGAAGGCAGCUAUAUGGUCUAUGGUGACAAUCAGAGUGCGACCUACCCUUUGUACUCCUGCUUUGAAGCUUGGCCAGACAGCGAAAUGCACAAAGUCUACACCACGGUGCUUUUCGCCCACAUCUACAUAGCUCCACUGACCCUCAUCACCUUCAUGUACAUCAGGAUUGGGUUCAAGCUGUACAAGUCACCAGGCCCAGUGAGCCAGCACCGGGUGGAAAGUGAAGAUCGGUGCAGCAUGGCCAUCUCCAGGAGGAAAGUGAAGGUCAUCAAAAUGCUCAUCCUGGUGGCUCUUCUGUUCAUGGUCUCCUGGCUGCCCCUGUGGACACUAAUGCUCCUCACUGACUAUGCCAAGUUAGAUGAGUAUCACAUCAACCUGUUGGCUGGUUACGUAUUCCCUUUUGCACACUGGCUGGCCUUCUCCAACAGCAGCGUCAAUCCCAUCAUCUAUGGCUACUUCAAUGAGAACUUCAAGAAGGGAUUCCAGACAGCCUUCAAGUUCCGGAGUUGCUCUGAUGGGAUGGUCCCUCAAGAGGUAUAUGCUGAGAGAGCAACGGGCAGCACCAGCGGCUUUGGUGCUCGGAAUAAAAUCUUCACUGAUGGUGAAUCCUCAGACUCGGUCUGCUUGAAGAAUUUGCACCCUAAGGCUCCUUGCAGUCCACAGGCUGGACCUGGUCAGAGACAAGGACUUCACCUGGAGGAUAUCAGGGACAUCACCUCCCUGGGCAAAGUUUGCAAAGCUUGGAAUGCAUGA